GACCUCUUGGGCCUUUGGAAGGAUUGAUUGAUCGCUGUGAACAGAGAAGAUGGGCAGCCGGGCUUCUGUGCUGCACCCUUUCCAUCAAGCGCCAUCUCAUUGCUCAUCUGUGCAGGGUUUCAAGGGUUUCUCUCACGACCAGUCCCACUGAUUACAUCUUUCACUUUAAGCAUCUUAAGAAUUGCAAUCGUACAACUCGGUCGCUCAGAUCUGAGAAACCCGCAUCAGGAAUUCCAGGAUCUGAAGGUCAUCCGUGGUGAGAUCUGGAGAUCGAUCUUUGGAUCUGUGGAAGAAGGAAUUUUGUGCAUAUGCCAGGUAAUCUGUGACGGAAGAGCAUCGAAGCUGAAAUAGCGUCUGCAAUUUAAGGGACAACAUGAGAUUGGCCAUGGCACGUGUCGCAAUUUCCUUUGUGGUCAUGGCCUUGGCCACGAUCGUCUUCUCGGCAUCCUCAAGCUUUGCUGCAUCUAAGGAUUUGGACCUUGGAAAUGUUUUGUUUUUGGAGGGCGGCCAGGAUGGAAACUUACGAGAUAGUAAGACAGAUCAUCAAGAGGUUAUUUUCUCUGAGGAAGAGGUCGCUGCAACAGUAUCAGUACUGUUGGGUGUCUCUCCUCCAGUCAUGAUCAGUUCAGACUCGUCUGCCAAGCUUGAUUCGGUUCUUUCAUCCAGCCCUUUCCGGCGACCCGGUUCAGUGCUUGCUCUGACUAUUAGAGGCAUCAAUCUGGAGCAAUUGAGCGCUGGGGAAAGGAAGGCUAUCUUUGGACACUCUACCACUCAGCAACGUUUGCUCUCAGGGAGCACUAGACAAGAGCCUUUUGUCCUAUCUGGUCAAGAGGUGAACAUUGAGUCACUGAACAAGAACUGGGUGGAUCAGGAAGAAGUGGAGCAGGGUCUCGAAGAUAUGAUGACUUUCCUGGGAGGAGUCUUUAAGAAGAACGGCGACGUUGUCGAGCUGACUGUUACAUUGGAGGAGAGCGUUUCUAUCUCGCUGGACCUUUCAAAGAAAGCUGAUCGAGAGUUUGCCGUCGACCUUAUGUCCCUUUCUCACUUUAGUAAACGGGCAGCCACUUCUCAAGACUCGAGAGGCACUGCAAGGCUCUUCAUGGAUACCUUUUCCGGCGUUGAGGCAAUGGACAACAACCUGGAGGCUUCAAAGAUUUUCCUCUUCGCUGUUGCCCAAGUUCUAGACCGUGGUCAAUUUGUUGGUGUGUUCGUAUUCCCUCCAAGCAAUUCCGUCAAUGAGUCUGAACAAGAGAUGUUCCAAGUCAAGUUUCCAAUCAGAUCUCGAUCUCUGGAUGAGUCAAGCCCCGUACUUGGAGCUCCAUCUGCCAACGGUGGUCUUAGUAAAGUCGACAACACCUUGAUCGAGUUGGAGAUUUUAUACUUGGUUCGCAGUUCACUGGUGGUCGCUACAACGAUUAUUCUGCUGGUUGCGACCUUACUUGGGACUUGCUACCUCGUAGGCAUGCCUUUGACCCGUGACACUCUACUUUACUCCGGGGUCAAGCUUGACUGAUCAUCAUCUGCCCUGAUGUUGUAAAUUGUAAGUCCAUGCGAGAGGAUACCGUUAUGACCAUGCUAGAAGCUGGUGAACGCAGAGACCUUAGAGUUUGCACAAAAUCAUUUUGAUGUAUAUUUGAUUCACGUGUCUAAAGAGAAUUCUACACUGGAUGUCACAAAAAAUAUCCGAAAACAGUGUAGCAUUUAUACGUGUAACCGAAGUCUCACAAAGCGGAGCUGGAUGGAUGUGCUUGUAGUAACCGUGAUCGAUAGCUGCAGAAGGGUAUGUGCUAUAUCUUCCUCAGAGACCUUGAGAUAUAUAGAUCUGAAGUACGCCAUACCUGGUAGGAGGAGAAGUGGAGAAUUUAGAGACGUCCUGAGCAAUAAGCGCCUGCACCAUUUACCUUCUAUAUUGGCAAGUGGAUGGGCUUUUUCGGAGAAAGUUGCAGCGCCAAUUUAGAUAACUGGAUUCUUGGCAUUUUUUAGUAUGUUCUGUGGUAUUAAGCUUUGGAGUGAGUAGCUUUUCAAAGUAUUAUUGCGCUGCAUAUAUGUGGAAGUUCGCACCUCGAGGUUAGUCGAGUUCCAGCUCGUGGAGUUUGUGUGCAGGUUCUUCCUGAAUUGAAUUGUGUGGCCUCUCAGCGUUUUCGAAGGCCAUGUCUUUUGCGGAAAGUUUUAAGGACGUGUAACUUAUUGAUGCGGCAGUUAGAUGUAUAUUAGGAGCUGAAACCAUCACGUGUUUGUUGCAAUUAUAUAGAGAUAUUAUUAUGAAAAAUCCGUAAAGUCGUCAUAGGAUUGUAAACAGAACGAAAGAAGAGGAAAAGAUAAACAUACUUUUU